AUGGACUCCCUCACAGUUAGUGAAAUAUCACUCAUAGCAAGACAACAGGUAAGUUUUGAUUAAAAUUCAUGGCUCUGAUAUUAUGACACUGAAUAGAAACAGGCGUAUUAUGUGUUGUUUUUGUUUGUACGACCUUGUUAGAGAGAUGUGGGUUUGCAGAGGCUCAGCAGCCACUUCUCCUGGACGGAGUUCUGUGAUGAUGAUCGGCAGAGUUUACAUCAGGAGUUUGUGUACGAUGUCGCCAUGUUUGCUUCAACCUGUGGCCUCUCCUGGCCUAAUGUGAUCCGGGCAGCUGUGAUGGCUAAACACAUCUUUCCAAAACUGAAGGGUCAGUAAAUAACACAACAAAAGAGUGACAUUUUAGAUUGGCUGGUUACUAAUUUAACCCUCUAUAGACUGGGGUAUAAUUGGCUGUUUUUGACUUCUUUUGAUUUUACCUUUAUAUUUCCUCUUAAAAACUGUUUAUCUUGCCUCGCUUGGUAUCAUUUUUUUUACAGCACAACCUCACCUGUGUGAAUAUUUUAUCAUUUUGACAUACUGUAUUAGCAAAGAGGACCUAAAUUCACACACAAACAACAAAAUCUGAGUGGGAAAAAGUAAAUUUUUUUACUGUGAAAACCACAAAUAUGUUCAACAUACCAUUUUUAUAACUUAGAAUGCAAAUAUAAAUUGUAAACUUCAAAACAUAUAUACAGUUUUAGCAAGUAACAUAGUAAUUUACCAUUAGUUAUCCUAAAAUGCAGGUAAUGCCUCAGGCGUUUUUUGCACAACUAUUUACAAAAAAAUGUAAAGUCUCACUAAUGUCACAUUUUAUUUAUGCCACUACAAAAAAAAAACAUGAUGUUAAUGAUGCAUGAUAUAAAACAUGUUGUUAAAAACUUAUGUAGAUCCUCCUCUAUGUCAGUCAAUUUGUAAUUUUUCCAUAAUUCUUUGUUUUUUGCUGCAUUUCUACAGAUUGUUCUGACUGUGUCUAUGGCAAAAAAAAUAAAAUUAAACUGAAAAAAAAAAGAAAAAAAAUUUGAUAAAGGUCUUUUUGACCGUAGGGGGAAAAUGUCUCAACUUGGACCUGGUGGUCUCUGAGGCUGAAACCUGCUCACUGCUGGAGCUCUGUCAGCAUAAGUCUCCCAGAGCUCAGAGCUCAUGUGUGACUCUGCUGCCUGAGCUGCUUCAUGUUAGAGGCUCUAAACUCCAGAAGAAGUUGAGAAGAGCUCACCUUAAGCUUUGAAUGUCUCUGUCCUCCAUCCUUUAGGUCUCAACAAGCCCGACCUUAUAGCCCUGUUUUUGGAUGCACUGUCUGAGGGUUUCCCAAAUAUAACCCCUGUCCAGCGACACCAGUUCUCGAGCUUCCUCAUAAACUUCUGCAUCACCCAAACUAGGCUCUUCAACGCGGUGGUGAGCGGAGUGCCCACACCUCAGCUACUGGAGGCCCUGGAGGUGCAGCUGCCGCCUACACCCUGCCCCUUAGCACAGGUGAUGAAACUUACCAACAGAAGAAACACCAGCUUUACAUGAGGAUCAUAUAAAUUUGAGCUUGAAUAUCUAAAACCAGUGCACGCCACUCUUAAUGUUGUGCUUUAGGGAAUGGAUCUGCAUGAGUGGGAGCGUCAGCAACAUCAAGCCCAGCUGACCAAACAGCUAGAUCAGAAAGUGGAGGAGCUCAGGGAUCUCAGAGAAGGCCCAAGGGUCACUCUAGGGGACUUGGAUGUUCCUGAAGGUGUGGAACUGGAUGAAAAGGUGAGACCCAUUAAGGCAGGGGUGUCAAACUCAACCACAGCAAGGGCCAUAAUCUGGAUUUAGGUCCAACCUGAGGGCCAAACAGGGUUAACAUUUCACCAAAACUGUCUACCUCCUUUUAAAAAACUAUGCAAAACAAAACAGCAAUGAUUAUAAAUCAUUUGGAAAUUAAAAAAAGAUAAAAAGAUAAGUUUAAAGGCAACCUGAGAUAGAAAAAAAUUAUUUUAUUUUAAUUUUUUAUUCUAUUUUUACUUAUUAGUUCAAAAGAUCAGAGCAUGAUAUUAAAAAUAGAAAAAUAAUGAAAAUAAUGCUUUUAAAGAGCAAAUACAUGAGGAGAACGUUGAAAUCAGGUAUAAAAGGUCAAAAUAUGACUUAAAAAUUUAAAAUUGGAAUCUAAAGUAUAAAAAUGACAUAAAUCUAAAUACUGAGUUGAACAAAAUCAAAGCGUGAAAUAAAAAAUCCAAUCAUGUUUGACUUGUAAUCUUGAAAUGCAAAAUUGAAAACAUGAAUAAAACACCAAAUAUUUUUUCCCACAUUCUUGACUAUUUAUCAAAUCUUCCUUACUCUUUAAUUUCCGAGAUUUUCGUGGCUUAUGAUGCUAAAGUUUACAUUAUUAUACUGGAGGAAAUCUGCAGACUUCAUACUGGUGGGCCAAUAAUAAUACAAAUAUGAGAUGAUCUUGUGGGCCAGAUAUAAUUGUGCCAUGGGCCAGAUUUGGCCCCCGGGCCUUGAGUUUGACACCUGUGCAUUAAGGAAUGAAAAAUGAAGGUAUUCGGUGAAGCUUUUCAUUACCUGUCUCUGCCAUUUUGUGAAGGGGCUUUUGGAAGUGGUGCGAACCACAGUGGGGGCCGCAUCAGACCAGAUGCUAGCAAGUCUGACCCAAGAAGCUUCUCUGCUCAGUGACAUCCAUGGGAUCAAACUGCAGCAGGCAGCAUUGACCACAGGGGGGCACCCUAAUCCUGUUGUUUCCAAUCCCGGCACACCAGUGAGGGCAAGUGCAAACUCAAGAAAAGAUAAGAGGGUGUCAAGAAAAGGUCUGAGAGGACAGAACCAAGGUUAA